AUGGACUGGCCUCUUACCCAGAUGGUAGGAAGGCCGAGUGGAGUUCGAGGUCCCCACGUUGCCAGCUACGGCCCUCAAGCGGGUCUGUUGGCUAACCGACAGAACGGCCAGGGGAGACCCAACAUAGGGUCCACGCCCGGCGGCAGCUUGGGCUGGGGCCGGGAGAGGAAGAAGAUUUUCCUCUUGUGUCGGCUCAGCGCAGAGGUGCGCAUGCUAGAAAUAGGCCUAUUUGUUCGGAGAGAAUCGAAGGAAGUCCAGCACGUGUCCCUCGCACGGAGCAACAUUAGCCUGGAGGACACCGCAGUAGAGCGGCGGAAGAAGUAUUACCUGAACCAAGGAUUAAGUCGGUAUGAACAAAGGUAA